AGUCAUCAUAUUUAGACUAGCUGUUCUAUAACUAUAGACUAACUAUAACUAAACCUCAAAAACAUUUUUAGGAUCUUUUUCAAGACAGUUGAGCUAAUAAGUAACUUUAAGCAAGCAGAGCAGAUAUUGAUUUGGCUGACAAAAUCUGAACAAAUGCCAGACCUGUUUUUUUAAGGAGCAAACAGUCUAUGAUGGCACGUUUAUUUUUGCUCUGCAUACUUCAUCUCUUCGUCUGCAUUACUGUCCAGGAAAGUGUAUAUUUAAUCACUGCACCUAAACUCCUGCGACUCGAUGCUUCGGAAAAAGUGGUGGUGCAGUUGUUUGGUUAUGAUCAGGAAAUUACGGUAUUUCUUCACCUGAAGAACACACUAGCAGCAGGUUCUAAAGAAUAUGCAUCUCAGUCCGUGAAGCUCAACGCCGCGAACGACUAUCAAGCUUCGGCUACUUUACGGAUAAUGGCUAAAGAUUUCCCCAAAGAGGACAGAUAUGUCUACCUUCAGGCGAUUUCCCCUGCUUUCACUGCACAUGAAAAAAUCCCAGUCACUACUGUCAACGGUUUUCUCUUUAUCCAGACUGACAAGUCGCUGUACACACCCGAACAAGAGGUACAAGUGCGUGUUUACUCCCUCAACGAGGAGCUGAGGAAAUCUACACGAACUGUCUCUCUUACAUUCCUGGACCCUAAUGGUAUCAAAGUAGAGAUUAUUGAAAUGGCAGACAUCAAUGGAGCAAAACCACUUCUUCCACCAUUCCAAAUACCUUUAAAACCAACUUAUGGAAUCUGGAAGAUUGUGGCGACCUAUGCAGACACUUUUGAAACAAGUGCCACUGCUGAGUUUGAAGUCAAAGAAUACGUGCUGCCCAGUAUUUUAAUCCACUUUGAGCCUGAAGCCAACUACAUCAGUGAGAAGAACUUUGAAGCUUUCCAGUUGACGAUUUCAGCCAAGUAUGCUGAUGGAACACCAGUUAAUUCAGCAAGCAUUUUGUUGACGUUCGGAUACAGUUCUCCAGAAGAAACUGUCAUGAUACCAUCAACAUUUGCAAUACGUAGGCUGGAAAAUGGAAAGAGUGAAGAAAUUACCUUAAGAAUCAAGUCUGCUUUGUUAUCCAUGCCGAAUGGGCCUCAAAGUCUGAGUGACAUGAAAGAAAACACCUUUCUUCGAGUGAGAGUUUUGCUGCAAGAGUCAACUGGUGGAAUCUCCCAGGAGGCAGUGCUCUCAAAUGUGAAAUUUGCAGAAAGUCCAUAUACACUGAGUCUGAUUGCAACCCCUCCUUUCAUCAAACCGGGUCUACCAUACGCUAUAAGAGUCAUGGUGAAGGAUCCUUUGGGUAAACCAGCUCCACGUGUUUCAGUCAAGACGAGUGCAACAGUAACCACAACUGACAAUGGACAAGACACUCUUAAAUUCCUAGGGCACCAGGAUACAUUGACAUCGACAAGUCGGAAGGAUGGAAUUGCUUACUUCACCUGUAAUAUACCUGCGAAUGUAAAAAAAGCUGAAUUUACUUUUGAGACAGAAGAUCCUUUUUGGAGUCAGGCUCCACUCAAACUAAAAGCUGAAUCAUAUGUGUCUGUCAACCAUCGCUACCUGUACCUUGAUUUACCUGAAUCCUCAGCAUUUGAAGUUGGACAGUACAUUUACAUCAACGUUUACUUUGAUUUUCGUGACUAUCUUUCUCUGAAGACCUUCAGCUACCAGAUCAUUUCCAGAGGAAAAGUUGUGCAGUUCAAAACAGUUAAGUGGGGCGGUGGGAAGAAUCAGAACCUCAACAUUAAGAUCACCCCUGACAUGGUGCCAUCUGCUCGGCUAGUGGUGUACUACGUCCUGCAUGGGGAGGAAAAAGCAGAGCUGGUGGCAGACUCCACAUGGAUUGAUGUGAAGGCCAAAUGUCUUAACAAUUUAAAUGUGGCGAUAUCAACUCCCAACUCACAGAAAGUCUACAAACCCAAAGACAAACUCGAAUUAAGAGUGUCAACUUCAAGCAGAGAAGAGUCACUGGUGGCUUUUUCUGUUGUAGAUACUGCCCUGUACAACCUAAAAUCUAACGACAAGGACCCUCUCAAAAAGGUGCUGCAACAUGUUGAGCGAAGUGACUUGGGUUGUGGAAGAGGAGGAGGCAAAAAUAAUGCUGAUGUGUUUGACCGUGUCGGCCUUAUGUUCAUCACCAAUGCAAAUGCCAGAUUCUCUAGUGCAGGAGGGACUUGCACUGACUUGGUUAGGCCGAAGCGUUCAACUGACAAUUUGAAACAACAGUUUGAACAAAGGGCCAGAACUUAUAGGGCAUUCAAGAAUUGCUGCUUAUCUGGGACAGCGAGUAGCCCGAUUCUUGAAACCUGUGCACAUCGUUCAGAGAGAUUGCCUCUUCCUGCAGGGUUAACUGCGGAGCAGAAGAGACGGUGUAAGACUGCUUUCCAUGAAUGCUGUGUCUUUGCUAUGAAUCUCCGUAAAAAGAAUGUGGAUAAAAUCAUUCUAAGUCGCGCAGCAAUUGACUUUCUGCUGGAUGGGAUGCCAUCUCAGAUUAGGAGCUACUUCCCUGAGAGCUGGUUAUGGGAGGAACACCCCAGCAUGGCUGGGUCAGUAAGAAUUACCAAAACUCUUCCAGACUCACUGACCACAUGGGAACUGAAAGCAGUUGGGGUAUUCAGUGAGGGGAUCUGUGUGUCAGAGGAAGAGAUUCAGGUGUCCCAGGACGUUAGUGUGAACGUGCCCUUGCCUUAUUCUAUGGUUCGUGGAGAGCAGAUUGAGCUCAGCGGUUCAGUCUACAAUCAGUAUUUUUCAAGCAGUAAGUUCAGUGUGACCCUGAUGGCAACAGAGGGAGUGUGUGUGUUUCGUGGAGCUCAACAGGGGAAACAUGGAAAGCCACAUGAAAACAAGGGGGAUAUUAAAGGUCGUUCAGUGGCCUUGGUCAAGUUCUACAUCAUGGCCUUGGAAGCGGGCACUCAUACGCUCACUUUCACUUUAACAACUAAAUGGGGCACUGAGAGUGUGGUCAAGAAAUUGAAAGUGGUGCCGGAGGGAAUUAGAAAGGAAAUACAAAGUGGUGGAAGAAUAGAUCCAAAUGGAGUCUUUGGCACAUCCAUGCGGAAGCUUGAGUUUAAAAAUGUAAUUCCCACAAACAUUGUGCCCAAGUCACCUGUGGAUCGUAUUCUGACAGUCAAUGGUGAAGUACUGGGAGAGCUUUUGUCAAUAUUAAAUAACCCAGAAGGUUUAAAACAGCUGACUAACCUGCCACGGGGAAGUGCAGAGGUGGAGCUCAUGGGUCUUCUGCCAGUCUACUAUGUCUACCACUACCUAGACAAAGCAGAGAAAUGGAACAUUCUGGGGAAAGAGGCUGCUGCGAGUGAAAGAGAAUUAAAGAGGAAGAUGCAAGCUGGCAUCACCAGCAUCAUGUCAUUUAAGAUGAAGUAUGAACAUGCUUUUAGCAUGUGGUCGAACAAGGAAACAUCACCCAGCACCUGGGUGACGGCUCUCAUAGUCAAGACUCUUGCUGACAUGGAUGAAUACGUUGAUUUGGAUUCUCAAGUGCUGAUCAACACCAUCCACUGGCUGAUUAAAAAUUGUCAAAACAUUGAUGGCUCCUUCUCUGAGAAAUCGAAAACCAACCCAGUUAAACUCAUGGGUGCCGGAGCCCGUGUCACAGAAAAGACCGUUUUCCUCACAUCUUUUGUCAUGAUUGGAAUUAAAAACGCUAUGAAGGUCCCAACCGCCAACUUACAGUCCUUUAAAAUGGCUAUAGAUCGUGCUGCGCAGUACAUAUCCUCUAACUCAAAGAAGAUAGAAAGUUUAUAUGUUAGAGCAAUUGCAUCUUAUGCUCUGACACUUGCAGACAUCUACAGUAUGCCUGCAGUCGAUCUUUAUGAAAAAAUCAAAAAGCAGGCUCAAGUUAAGGGGAACCCUGCCACAGUUCGUUUCUGGCACGAGUCCAAAUCAGACAAGGAUUUAUUAAAACCCAGUGAUGUGACAGCAAAGACCGUGGAAACAACUGUUUAUGUCCUGCUUAACACUUUAGUCAGAGGUAAUUCCAACUAUGCAAAACCCAUCCUGAACUGGUUAACACAAGACCAGAGAUACGGCGGGGGAGUCCAUUCAACACAGGACAGCAUUCUCACUUUGGAGGCGCUUACCAAGUACAGCAUCUUAGUCAGUCAAGCCACCUUAGAUAUGGUGGUUGACAUUGAAUACAAGACUAAAGGUGACAUCAGCAGAAUCAGACUAACUCAAGAGAAGCCUGUGCAUAAACCAAUAGAGGUGACCAAAAAUGACGAUGUAAUCAUCAAAACUGCAAUGAGCUCUGGUGUGUCAUUUGCCAGUCUGAGAACAGUGUACUAUGAGAUGACAGAAAGCAAUGAAAAUUGCCAUUUUGAUAUGUCAAUUGACAUUCAUGAAAGUGUCCCAAAUUCAGAUGACCCUAUGCUUUUGUCUCCACGGAUUGUGGCCUGUGCAAAAUACAAGCCACCUGAAAAUGAAUUUGAAACAGAGUCAGGAAUCGUUGUGAUGGAAAUUGAUUUGCCGACCGGUGUGAGCGUAGUCCAGGAAGAUCUAGAUAUGUACCAGAAUGGACUCGAGUCUCGGAUUUCCGACUAUGGAAUCACAGGUGACCAAGUCACCCUUCAGAUAGAUUCGAUACCAUCAGAAGAGUUAUACUGUGUGGGUUUCCGUAUUCAAGAGGAAUUCGAAACUGGCAUGACCAGAGCCUCGGUAUUCCAAGUUUAUGAAUUUAGUAAUCCAGAAAAUAAGUGUGUGAAACUCUACCACAAACAAAGCCGCAGGCUGUUACGACUCUGUGAGGGAGACCAAUGUCAGUGUAUGGCAGCGGAAUGCUGCAACUUUAAAUCCACCAUUGAUCCCACAAUCACUACUGAACAGCGUAAAAAUGAUAUGUGCAAAGAAAGCGUGAAAUAUGCAUUUAAAGUGCUAAUUGAAUCAUCUGAGACAAGAGGAGAUUUUGUGACCUACAAAGCAACAGUUAAAGACCUGCUCAAAAAAGAACAAACAGACGACAUAAAAGCACACUCAGAGAUAGAAUUUGUGAAGAAGGCAACUUGCAGUUCAACAAGUUUCGAACUUGGCAAGCAUUAUCUGAUCAUGACUGCUGAGAGUAUUAAGAUAAAAAUGAAUCAUGGCUAUAAGUAUAAGUUUCCUUUAGACUCACAAGCUUCUGUGGACUGGUGGCCACUUGACAUGGACUGCACAGACGCUGCCUGCAGACAAUACGCCAUUGAUUUGGAGGAUUUUGCAUUUGAUUUCGCAUUAAACGGCUGUGAUUAAGUGAUAAAUUGCAUGUCAGUAGAAGAACUAAUUUGUGUGCCUGUUCUUCUAUUCUAUUAAAACAUAAUCUGGGAAAAAAAGGAACUGAGAUUUUGGGAAUAAACCAAAUGUUUAAAUAAAAACAUUUUUUUAAAAGUA